AUGAACACCGCUCCUUCUCCUUCUCCGUCGACCGAAGAACCAAUCCCCACUGCUCAUUCAAAUCCAGUGGUGGAGAAUGAUAAUCACCCAAAACCUAUCAACAGAAAGAAGAAAAAAGAUUUGCGCGUGGCAUACAAACGCAGAAGCCCCAAGGUGGUUUUUGCUCCGCGUGGGCGCAGGGACGGUGUAGGGGAUGGUGAUGUGGAGGCUAUUGCAUUACCUCUUGGAAUGUCUUUAGCAGCUGUUGUUGCUCAGGUUCUGGAGAGAAAAGAUGCAGUAGGUGAAAGCAUGUCUGUUGACCGUCUUUCAAUGAUCUGCACUUCAGCUGUCAGAGAAUCUUUAGCCAGUGUCUUUGGUGACAAGUUUGAUUUAUUUGCAAGGAAUUUUCAGAAAUCAUUUGGGAGCACACUGAGUACUCUUAGAUUGAUUAAUGAAUCAUCUAUCAACAAGAGACCACAUGCCUUAAUUGACCAGAACCUAGAAAGUUCUGCUUCAUGCAGGAUUCUCAAUCAAAGAGUUGGCUGUACAAGUAGAGCCUGUAUCAAAGAUUGCGACUCAGAAACAGAUUUUCCCACCACUUCAACUGAGGAUCAAACACAUAUACCUGAAGAGGUAGAAGAGAACAUAUCAGUGGGUUGCUUGGGUCAAGAACUUGCCCUUCAUGGGCAAACCAACCAACUGGCUUGUGCUCCUAGCUCACACCCUGUAAUUAACAUGUUUGGCACUAUUGAGAAAUCUGUUGUGGAGCAAGCCCGUUCUAAUGACCUGAAGGCAAUAGAAAUUAGUCUUGCGAUGAAAAAAUUGAAGUUGGAUGAGGACUUGUUGAAUCUCACCUCAGAAUCAAAUUAUCUGGAGCGAUCAAAAUUAGUAAUGGGCAUGUCAAAGGCAUCCUUUAAAGUUGACAAGUUCAAGACUCAAUUAGAAGACACAAGGAACGCUGAGCUGCACAGAAAGUGCAUAGAUUGCCUUGUUGCUGGUUUGUUCAUCAUGGCUGCCUCGCUUUCAUACAGUGCAUAUGUUUAUUCAUACAGAAGGAUUGAAGAAGCUACUGCAUCUUGCUCUUUUUCACACAAGGCGUCCAAAUUCGGGUGGUUUACCAAGCCUUUUUCGUCCUUUAAUUCCUGGCUGCAGAUACUCAUGUGUCAAGUUCAAGUUGUGAGCCAAAUGGUGUUUGGCAUCCUAAUUAUUCUUGCAGUUGCCUUUUUGCUUGUUCAACGCUCCUCAACUUCGCACCGGACAAUGCCAGUAACUUUCAUUCUGCUACUGUUGGGAGCUGUCUGUGGUUUUACUGGCAAACUUUGUGUAGAUACGCUGGGAGGGAGUGGAUCGCUUUGGCUUCUGUAUUGGGAAUCUUUAUGCGCACUGCAGUUCUUCUCGAAUGUAUGUACAUCAACUUUGUUCCGUAUACUCCAUGGGCCUGUUGUAGCCAUCUCUCGAGGGACAAAACCCAACACAGUAUGCCCAUAUUGGCUCCGGCAAUUACUUUUCUAUGCUACUUCCCUCCUGCUUCUACCAUUGUGCUGUGGUCUUUUGCCAUUUGCUGGCCCUGGUGAAUGGGCAGAUCAUUUUUUGUUUGGUAAAACGGAUGAUUGA